AUGUCCAAAUUAAACAGAGAUGUUCUUCGCUUAAUAAUUGAAGAAUUACAAGAUGAUAGAAAGACAUUAUAUUCAUUCUUAUUAGUUAAUAAAAUUUAUUGUGAAAUAAUUGUUCCAAUUUUAUGGAAAAAUCCUUGGAAAUUCAUGACCAAAGUAAAAAGAAAAUCAUUAUCAAAAAUAAUUAUUUCACAUUUAUCAAAUGAAACAAAAAAUAAUUUAAAGAAUCAAGAGAUUAAUAUAUUUAAAAAUUCUUAUCAAAAACCUUUAUUUGAUUAUAUUAGUUUUUGUAGACAUUUAAAUUUAGGGGAAAUUAAAGAAAUAAUUUAUAUUAUAUAUUCUUUAAACGAAGUUUAUGAAAAAUCAAAAAUUUUAAUUAUUAUGAAUGAAAUAUUGAAACUUUUUUUUAAUGAGAAUAGAAAAUUUACACAUCUCUAUAUACCUAAAAAUUUUGAUUAUCAAAUAUAUCAUAUUCCUGGAGCGAGACGUCAUCUUUCAGAAAUCGAAUUUCUUAGUUGUAAUACUAGUAUGAAUGAUAACAUUUUAAUUGGAUUAAUUGAUAUAUGUAAAUCAAUUAAAGAAUUGGAACUUUCUAUAGAUGUUGAUAAUUAUGGGAUUAUUAAAUUAAUCAAAACUCGGGAAAAAUUAAUUAGUCUUAGUUUAUUAGAAAGUUAUUACAUAAAUAAAUCACCAUUUGAUAAAAUUAUUGAAAAUUCAUUGGCUACACAUACAAACACCUUACAAAAUUUUAAGAUAAAUAGACGACCCACGAAAAUUCCAUCAUUUAUAAAUUUAAAAGUAUUAGAAUUAGAAGAUAGAUACUUUGGCGAAUGGAAUUGUUUAGAGAAUUUAUCUUUACCCUUCUUACAAAUUUUAAGAACCAGUUUUAUUUCAAUCAAACCAUUAACAAAUUUAAUUAAAAAUACAAAUAGGUCUCUUAUUGAAAUAAAAAUUGAUGGUGUAAUUCAUGAUGAGAUUGGUAACAAAAAUAUUAUUCAAGCUAUUUAUAAAAAUUGUCCAAAACUUAAAUAUCUUAAAUUAAUGUUUAGAAAUUGUAAUAUUUUAGAAUUAGAAAAUUUAUUAACAAAUUGUCAACAUUUAAAAGUAUUAAGUUUUGUUAUUAAUGAUAUUGUUUUUGAAUGGGAGAAUUUAUUUAAAAUAUUAAUUAAAUUAUCACCAAAUGAUUUAUUUAAAUUUAAAUUUCAUUCAUUUGAUUAUGAAUUAAAACCUAAAUUAGAAUUCUUAAAAUUAUUUUUUAAUAAUUGGAAAGGUAAACGUCCUAUAUUUUUAAAUUUUAAUAAUGCAAAAGAGAUAGAAUAUUGGUUACAUAAAUAUGAAACAGAGGGGAUGAUCAAAAAUUGUGAUGAUAUUGAAUUAGAAAAUUAUUAA